AUGGCGACCAAGAUGGAGACACUCGAUCCCUCAGCUCUAUCAGAUGCCCCGGCAACUGUCACCUACGACCCUAAAUCUAACACAGUGACUUUACCAGGAGGUGUCGUUUCACUGGCGGGCAUCACCGUGGUGACUGGCGGGACUGAGCUGUCUUGUGGGUCGUGCAUGCUGGCCUUUGGUUUCUGGGGGACUCUCAUUGGCUUCAGUUGUCUUGCCGUGGGGCUGUGGGACCAACUGAACCAGUCUAUAGAGGGAACCUCUCACCUGCUGUCACUGGGAUUUGUUAUUCUUGCUCUCAGUCUUUUGGUGGUGGGAAGUGUGUUGGCUUAUCACCUCCUGACGAAGAAGAGGAGAGAGAUGACACGAGAGGAAAGAGAGGAUGGAAAUGAAGUUCUUGUUGAGAGUGGGAGGGUCUGUAAAAAAGUCACAGUUUAA